AUGCUGGGGAAUGUAUUGUCGGGUCCGGCAUGGGAUUCUUUUGUACCAUCAAACUGUUUUGCGAAUUAUACCUUCUACGACACAGAAGAUUUUAGUAUUUGUUUAAAGUACUACUCAGAAUUUCGGACUUACGAGAAAGCCCGUCAGAAUUGUCAAGAUGAGGGAGGAGAUCUCGUCAAAAUCGAUUCUAAGAGGAAAUAUGAAAUCUACAAAAUGUAUUUGGAACCAUUUAGAGCGUUUGGAGAGUUUAUAACCUGGGUCCAAGCCGUAUUAGAAAGCGGAACUUGGAAAUUUCAUGAUGGAACAUCGAUCCCGAUGGAAGGGGUUUGUGAGAUUCAAAAUUCAAAUAAUCCUGGAGAAAACAAUAUGAGAACAAAAAGCAAAAAUGGAUUUAUCUGCUCUGAUAUGCCUGGGAGCGUUGAAAACGGUUACGUCUCACACUGUCCAUCUACUUAUGUCAUGUAUGACUACACACAUUACAAUAUUUGCCUGCGAUACCUAUCGAUAUCAGCUAAUUACACAGAGGCUGUAGGAAACUGUCAAGCCGAUGGUGGAGAUUUAGUUAAAAUUGAUUCCUCUCACAAGUACGACAUCUUAAAAGGCCACAUAGGACGAUUUGCUGCUGACGAUUCAAGCCAGAUGUGGGUACAGGGUGUAGAGAUCAAUGAUCGGUGGAUAUUCCAUGAUGGCACACUGAUGCCGAAUAUAUGUCCUCUUUUUGAAUCUAACGCGUCGGGAGAGAUCCAUUUAACGUCGUACGUUUACUACAACUUUUCCUGUUACGAUUCUUCCCCCUCAUCAGAGCAUCAUUAUGUUUGUGAAAUCUAUCGAGUAUUUCCUUAAUUUGAUAGUUUAGUGAUGAACUGGACUGAAGAAUCUUAA